AUGGCUACACAAACCGUUGAAGAUAGUUCUAGACCUAAGCCAAAACGGACUGGCGCAGGUAGUUUAUUAAAACCCUUGAAUUCGGAAUAUGGGAAAGUAGCUCCGGGUUGGGGGACUACUCCUUUUAUGGGGGUCGCAAUGGCUUUAUUCGCGAUAUUCCUAUCUAUCAUUUUAGAAAUUUAUAAUUCUUCUGUUUUACUGGACGGAAUUUUAACGAAUUAG